AUGGAGUUAUUAAUGACAACGGAAAUAAAUAAUGAGUUAAAUUAUAAUCUGACAGAUGUAUCGUCAACAUUCCCGUCGAUUUCGAGCACUGAUGCUGCGUACAGAGUCGUUGGAUCACGACGCGAUCCACUUUAUAUAGUUAUUCCAAUAACGAUAAUAUAUCUUAUUAUUUUUAUCGCCGGCAUCAUCGGUAAUGUGAGCACGUGCAUAGUGAUUGCUCGUAUAAAGUCAAUGCACACCGCGACAAAUUACUAUCUGUUCAGUUUGGCAGUGUCAGACUUGUUGCUCCUGAUUUCCGGGCUUCCGGCGGAGGUUUAUUUGGUCUGGUCAAAAUACCCUUAUAUAUUUGGAGAAGGUUUUUGUGUAGUGCGAGGACUCGCGGCUGAAUGUUCGACGAACGCGAGUGUCCUGACCAUCGCUGCAUUUACUGUCGAGCGUUACAUCGCUAUUUGUCAUCCAUUUCUGUCACACACGAUGUCUAAAUUGUCACGGGUUGUCAAGUUGAUUUUGGUUAUUUGGCUGGUGGCGAUGUCCUUCGCGAUACCACAGGCGCUGCAAUUUGGAGUGAUUGAAUACCCGAACAUAAGUCCUGAUGUUGUUAUCUGCACCCGCAAAAGUCCAUUCAUAAAACACUCGUUUGAAAUAGCGACUCUCCUUUUUUUUAUAAUUCCCAUGACGCUAAUUACGGUACUGUACUCAAUGAUUGGACUGAAGUUGAGAAAAUCUAAUAUGAUGAAGAAACGCAACAUCAGAAAUCAAGGAACGCGGAGCUUACAGGAGAGCAAAAAAAAAAAGUGGGACACUAGGAAUACGGGUAAAUCUUCACGCAGAGUUCUUAAGAUGCUUGUUGCUGUCGUCGUUGCAUUUUUUAUAUGCUGGGCACCUUUCCACGUCCAGCGUUUGAUUGCGAUCUACGGAACAGACACUGAUCAAGUGACAUCAAAAAACAAAUGGAUGACAUUUCUCUACAAUGUAUUCACAUAUCUUUCUGGUGUCUUGUACUACGUCUCCACUACCAUUAAUCCAAUUUUAUACAAUAUUAUGUCCAAUAAAUUUCGCGAAGCUUUCAAGGAAACAUUAGCCAAAAGUUGCGGUGGUUCAAGAUCAUCGAGUAACUUGGAGCAAAGAUCAUAUUCAAGUCUAUCACGUUCGCAACAAAGAACUUUAGGCGGUGGAAAUUUUGGUUCACGUACAACUGCCGGUACAGGAAUAGGUACUGGAGUUGGUCAAGAUAGCUCCGAGGGUUCUGGUAAUUCUAUACGUGAUGAGAAUAAUCUGCGGCAUCAAACAGUCUCACCGGUAGACAGUAAACACAGUGAUAUAAUCCGAGUUAACUCAUCAUCAUCUCAGCGUAAGAUUGAUAAUCCCAAUAAUGAUAAUUAUUUAAAUAAAAAAAAUAGCAAAAAAUACUGUGACCAGUUGGAGACUGGUAAUGCCGAGUCGACCUUAAUUAUUGACAGCGAUUGUCCAAGACAAGGUAAUAUUAAUAUUAAUAAUGGAACCAAUGAGAUUAACAAAAAAAAUUCUGACAGAAAUAGUAACACUCGAUUAAUUAACGGCGAUGUCUGUCAUCAACAAAGACUUGCUGAUGCUAAUGAUGAUUAUUUAAUUGGUAAGAGACAGGAGCUGGAUAAUAAUAAAUCAAAGUACUUUGGACUUAAGGCCAGCAAUGAUAAAAAAUUGUGGAGGUUUUUAAAGUGGCUACCAACUGGUGGUGUUUUUAAAUUCGCAAAGAGCUCGACCCGAAAUUGCGAGUCGGUUGUCAGUGACAUUGAGAGUAAUCGCGAAGAGUACUCGAUGACUACUUGUUAUGUCGCUGGCGAGCACAGACUCGUGUAG